GGCGGCGGGUGGGCGGGAAGGCGUGGGCUCUUCGCUGCGCUGGAGGCUCUGAACCUGGGCGCCUGGUUUAGUCCCCUGCGCCGCUUCCACGGUGACAAUCAGGGAACGCUGGGUCGGCGCAGGUCGAGGGUUGGACGCCGAGGGGCCCGGGCAGGAACGCGGACGCUACGCACGGAAGGGAAGGGGAGGACAAAAAAAGACCAAAUGGCCAAGCAACCUUCCGAUGUAAGUUGUGAGUGUGACAGAGAAGGCGGACAAUUGCAGCCUGCUGAGAGGCCACCCCAGCUCAGGCCUGGGGCCCCUACCUCCCUACAGACGGAGCCCCAAGGUAAUCCCGAAGGCAGUCCCGAAGGCGAACACGGCAGCCCACAGGGCCCGCUGGCCCCACCGGCCAGCCCUGGCCCUUUUGCUACCAGAUCCCCGCUUUUCAUCUUUGUGAGAAGAUCUUCCCUGCUGUCUCGAUCCUCCAGUGGGUAUUUCUCUUUUGACACAGACAGGAGCCCGGCACCCAUGAGUUGUGACAAAUCAACACAAACCCCAAGUCCUCCUUGCCAGGCCUUCAACCAUUAUCUCAGUGCAAUGGCUUCUUUGCGGCAGUCUCAGGCUGAACCUCCGGAUAUGCGCCCAGAGAUAUGGAUCGCGCAGGAGUUGCGACGCAUCGGAGAUGAGUUUAAUGCCUCUUACCCAAGGAGGGUAUUUCUGAAUAAUUACCAGCCAGCCGAAGACCACCCCCAAAUGGUUAUCUUGCGACUGUUACGCUACAUUGUCCGCCUAGUGUGGAGAAUGCACUGACAGGGUCCUCGCGGAGCCAGGAUACCUGCAGACAUUUGCCUGUUCCAGUGGACAGGCCCAGCCCAUGGGUUCUUGGCACCGCUGCUACACUGCCUCUGCCGGAGUUUCCUUGCCUAGAGGCGUUGCAGGCUGCAGCGGGUGACCCUGCACCAGUCGUGACCUUGACCUUUCUGCUCCUCGCCACAUGGCCACACGGCAGAAUUUCCAGUGGAAGUUCACUGUGAAUGUAAAAUGAGGGAGAAUUUUUCUUACUUUUUUUAAAGUACAAAUCAUGGUUCUUUUGGAUUAGGAUCAUAUGUGAGAAUGGUGUUUACAUGCCGUGUGUAAAUGUGGGGUUUUUUUCCACCUUCUUUAAUAACAGGUUUUUUCAGAAAGGAAAUGGAAACUUUUUAACCAGCUCAUGAAUGAUUUUUGUACUAAAAUUUUAAGAACCUCAGAGGAUUGUGUAAUCCUAGCGGUGGAAACUGAGCCAGCUAAUUUAUAAAGCUGACUUAGUUUAUUUUUAGAUUACAGAGUUUUUAAACUGGGAGAGAGGUAUGGUCUGUCACCCUCCCUUCCCUGCCGUUGCCUCUUUGAACUUUUUUUUUCUAAUUAUCAUUAAUACCUAAAGCGUUCUUAUGAAAUGGAACUGAUUAAAGGGGCAGAGGGAAUACCACUCCCAUCUUGUAAAUAUUUAUUUACCUCCUUACACUCAGUUUUAUUGGUGACAAAAUUUCAGAUGGUUUUGUGAGUCUUCCCUGACCCCCUUUCUCAAUGCCCAUCCGACCAGUCUGAAUGCUGGUGCCCAGGCUGGCUCCAGGAUGCUUACACGAGGUGUCAUCAGGCCCGAACCAGAGUCAGUAGGUGUUUAUGUCUUCCUGGCUCGUUCAUCUGUGUGUCACUAGCAGACUGCUGGGGACAUGUUCCAUGUGGGCUGUACUUGUCAUUUUGAUGUUGGUAGAGGUGACAGCAGUGACAAUAGGAGACCAGGCCUGACCUCCUCGUGCACGGAGAGUCACAAGGAACACUCCACAUCCAGUCCCAGGUGGCCCCAUGCCCACCCCACAGGAUGGGCAUCUGAUGGCCACUUUUCAGGCACCUUGGCUUUUAGUCCAGCCCACACCCCUGGCCUGUAUAUAAUACCUGUACUUGGCCCGCUCUUCUCAGCUCACUCUGAAGUACAGACUUAAUUCUGCCCUCACAAGUACCAUAGAAUACCAGGAAGAGUGAAAUGUCCCUUCAGCCUUCUGAGAGGCAUCUGGUUUUGCUUGUCUCAUUCAUUCUCUUAGGACAGUUGGAUCUUAGCGGGCCACCUCUGCCUCCACCUGCCUUCCCCUAGGAUGGGGCACAGCCAGCCCACUCAUAGGUCAAUCAUUUCAAAAGCCAGCAGGCAGAGGAGUAGCCUGGGGCAGAAGGCCCUGGUUCAGACACAAAAGAACAGUCAGGCAGGCACUAGGAUAACCCAAGAGAGAGACAAAGAUGAGGGGUUGAGAAAGGAGGGGAGGGGUCUGAGCCCUGUAACUGAUGAUGUUUGAAAACUAAUCAUUAAACAACUUUUUGAAAGGAAUAUAAGAGUUUUCUAAUAAGCCAGCAUUGCCAGCAGCUGUGACGUUUGCUUUUUGCAUGACAGGGGAUCAGUGUUUUCACAUUAUUAAAUUAAGAGGAAAAAUCUAUUCAUUUGUACGUUCAUAAGUUUAUAUACGUGUAUAUAGAUAUAUGUGUAUAUAUAUUGUCUGUACACUUUUUUCCUUUACAUAGAGUGAUUUGGUUCCAAAUAUUCUUCCUUUUUAAACAUUUUUUUUUCCUUAAAAUCUCCUUUGGGUUUUAAAUAUUUUGAAAGCCGUGUUGGAGCUCAGCUUGUUUCUUGGCGUGUCUUGAGCCUACCUGUAGGGUCCCACACAGCUCACAGCUUACAGUGGUCUGGGGGUGCAGUCGCGACACACACACACACACACACACACACACAUACCAAAGAUGUUUUCUGGGCCACCCCUUCCCAGAUCUCUGCUCUGUGCCAGUCUCUGGCUGGAGCACUUUAUAUGUCUUCAGCCCGGGAGUGUGAUGCAGCUUCGGCCGGGCAGGAGAUGUUCCUGUCUCAUGUGCCCAUGAGUGUGCUUACCUCUGCCGGUGACCUCAGAGCCCCUGGCUGAUCAAGGAAGCCACUCUGAAGGACCUAAGUGAUUCUAUGAAUUGUAGAAGUAUUAAAGAACAGGACGCUGGCACCAGAACUUAAGAGAUGACUGGUUGUCUCUGUACUGUAUCUGUUUUAUCAAAAUGCCUCCCUGUAGAAAGUUUGCCUCCUUACUGGGGGUUUACCUUUUACUUUUAUUAUUAUUUCUAAAUUUUUUGUAGAUCCUUUUUUUAAAAAACAUGAUGCGGGUUUUGUGCCUUGAUAACCUCUCAGUGUGAGGUUUGUAAAAAGUGUCCUGUGACUUCACACCGAAAUGCAAUAAACACAAGAUGGCUUUGUGGCUAAUUCUUUAGGUUUCCUUCCAAGAAACGAGUUAAUGAAGAAUGGGGUGGGGGGUUGCCAAAGCCAAUUUAAAAUUCCUUUUGAUAAAAAUGUAUGUGGUGGAAUACAGUUUUCUUGUUUCCCCUUAAUACUGUACAUAUUUUUGACUAUUUAUUAGAUUAGGUUAUAUUUUACUUAUCAACUGAGCCAAAUGUUUGUGUGCAAUUGUGUUUCCUUUACCUUUCUUGUAAAAUUUUGUACAGCAUAAAUGAGUAAAAAAAAAAAAAAUCAGUUUCCCUAAACUUUUCAGAAUCAAGGAUUGUAAAUAUUGUAGAUUCUUUUUCUGUGUAAUGUGUCCUACUGUUUUUAAUGCUGUAACUUGUAGAAAUAUUGUAUAUUUAUUUUCUGCUUAUUUAAUGUCUUAAUUUCUUGAAAGUAUUGACAUUGAUACCCCUCCCUGCCCCUGCCCCUGCCCCUGCCCCAGAGUCGCUGCAGCCCCUGAGGUGGGAGAUGGUGGCUCUGUGCAGACUGUGUCCCCUUGCUGACGUGGUCCCCAACUUUACUCUUGGACUUUGCUAAAAUAAUAUGGCAAGUAAUAAAAUUUUACUUCCAAGAGCCGGGCAUGGUGGCGCACACCUAUAAUCCCAGCACUUGAGAG